AUGAAAGACUAUCAACAGGCCUCUAUUAAUGCUUCUUCUAUGUCUUUCGGUACUGUCAAACGCUCUUGCAACAAUCCAAAAGCUUUCAAUAAUAACAAGGCAAUCAAGACUGGAUCGCGGAAUCGAAAGAAUGGAAGACAUUUCAAGAGGUAUAAUGAGAAUGGCUCCGAUAGUAAUACCAGUGUAAGUACUGAUACGCUCUCUCUACUCAAUGAUGAUGACUUAAUGCUAGAACGGUCUAUUCUGAUGUCAAACAAGAAGGGACUUGAUAUCAGCCAUCUGCUGGAUUUCAGUAUUGCCGAUGAUGAGAACCGGGAAUUGGAGUCUAUUGAGACCUCAGCCAAAAAGCAUUCACAUUUUAGAGGAAAUAGAAAAAAGUCCUUCAAUGGAAGAGGAGCUGCAGAUAUCUCCCUAUCUGGUCGUAGCUACAUCAACGUGAAUUACAAAUUUAUUGUUGAUUAUAGGGCUGAUUAUAAGUCACAGAUACUGGAUCCCAACUUUCCACUUGAUGAUAGCAGCAUAGUGAGAGUUAUUGUCAACGGCGAGGACUAUCAUUGUCCCAUCUGUCUCGAAGAUGAAUUUAUUGCCCCUAGAAUGUCUAAAUGUGGGCAUAUAUUUUGUUAUCCCUGCCUUUUAAGACUCUUUGCUUAUUCUGCUGAGGCUAAAGAGAAAGCAGAAAAUGGACCCAAAGAUUUGCCUGGCAACAGGUGUGCUUCUUGUCCGCUUUGUAACGAGAUUAUUAGGGAACGUCAUAGACUACUUCCCGUUCUGAUAACACAUGAGGAGGACUUUAAACCGGUUCCUGGACAGCCAACUACAUUGACGCUAAUGUACAGGCCUGCCAAUAAAAUAUUCGCUCAGCCUUUCCAGUUUUACCUUGAGGAUUCAGAGUUCGACGGUAACAUUCCUUGGAUCGAACAAGGUUCCACUGCCGAAGAUUUCUAUGAAUCUUCGAAAUACGCCAGAUACAGUCGAAUAAUGAAAUGUGACUUUCAUUUCAUUCUCUCUUCCUUCAACGGGGAACUUUCAAGCAUCGAAGCUCAUAAAUCGUAUGAUGAAGAGGUUAAUCAUGAUUCAAGUUUAUACUACGAUCUUGCAAAAGCUGAAAUAGAAUCACAAAUUGAGGAUGCCAGGGAUACAUUCUACGACGACAAGGGAAAAUGUGUCAUUGCUCCCACAUAUCGCCAUAAAGUUUCCCGAGUGGGCUCGUUGUCUGAAAAUGAGAUUGACGAGUUGCUUGUAAAACAAAGCGAGUUUCAACUAGAGAAUGGACAAAAGGGUUACUUUUUCUACCAAUACUUGGCAGGUCCGAGUUCCAAAGUCAAAUACUUUUUAUCAGGAUUGGAUGUUCAGGUGCUUAGAACAAUAUAUGUGGAUUAUUUCAGGUUUCCAUUCACUCUGACGCUAAAUUUAGAGAAUAUUUCCCACGAUUAUGAAAUGGUUACUGAAGAAAUGAUUCAUAAACUCAAGUACUUGGGUCAUUUACCUUUUGGAACAGAAGUGGGGUUCUUGGAAAUGAACUGGAUAGGAAAAUCAAAUACGCUUAUACCACCAGAGGUGUAUUCAGAGUUCAAGAAGAAACUUAAAGAUAGAUCUAGGCGCACUAGAAACAAGACAUUAAAGGAGGACAGAAAUAAAAAGACAUUUGAAAGAGAACUUGAAUUAAGGACUCUCAAAUUUUAUUCAUCCGAGAAUAACAUCCCGUUGGAAGAUUAUGGCUAUAAGCUUAAGAAAGAGAAUCAGUUUGUUCAUUUUCCCAGCAGAAGAUCUUCUUCAGAUACUGCUCAACCUUCUUUGGAUGAUACAUACGCGAAGAUGGGCUCUUCCAAUUCUACCGAUGGUAAUGUGAAGUAUGGCACAUCCGUCUGGGGUACCAAAGUACCAAUGCUAGAAGAAGAGGCCAUUCAAGACGAUGAGGAUUACUUCGACAUUGAGAAGAAAAUACAGAAGGCCAAGGAAGAGCAGCAGAAAAAAGGAAAAAAGGGUAGAAGAGGUAAGAAGAUCGUAUUAUCCUUCAACUAA